AUGCUGGGAGGCGGGGGCGAGGAGGAGGAGGAGGUGCCGCACUCGUUCAUGUGCCCCAUCCUCCUAGAGGUCAUGCGAGACCCUCACGUUCUCAGGGAAACUGGGCACACGUUCGAAAAAGCAGCGAUAGAAGACCACCUGAGGAGGUACAAGACUUGUCCCAUCACAGGCAUACAGCUCAAGGACACAACGAUCGUUCCCAACCAUGCUCUUCGAAACGCCAUCGUCGACUAUGUUGAG